AUGUAAUUAAUCAACGUGACCUUUUAUAAAUAAUGCUUUUAAACUUUGUAAGGGCUUUUUGAGCUGCAACUAAUAACAAAGGAAGAGAAGCUAUAUUUAAAAGGUUAAAUUCUCAAACUUGAAAUCACUGCUGAUGAUAGUAUUUAACUUGAAGAUCUAUCGAAAUUCCUCCUCUCUUGUUUGAAAUAAAAACAUUUUCAUAAUAUCAAAGCCUCAACUAAAUCCUAGUUGGAUAUGAUAGAUGAAGAGACGGAUGAAGAACAACUUUGAAUUUCUAAUUUCUGGAGAAAACCCAAGAAAUAAUGACUAAAUGUGUGUGUAUUAUUAUUAAAUCAAAUAUCGUAAAUAA